AUGCCAGCUACCGGAGAGCUAGUGAAAUACAAAGAGCAACAGUGCAAGCAGUCUAUUGGAGACUUCAGUGCUCUAGCCAUAACGUCGAGUCCAGAAACCUCCAAGCUCGUCCGCGAUGAGAGUAUCACCGAUGUAUUGACGUUAAACCGGAAAUGGGACGAAAGGCCAACCCAAAUUCAGAUCUGUCCUUGGUUCGUUGAUUGGGUCAAAUUUAAAAACUUCAAGACGCCUAGCGAUGUCAAGAAGAGGACUAAGAUUGGAAGAGCAGUUAUCAAGCCAGUGGAGAGUACGAACUGGGGCUUGAGACCGAUCGAUGCCUUCUCGCUGCUCAACAAAGUCAUUCUGCACGAAAUGACGCAUGGAAGGUCAGCCUGGCUAGACUACGUGGAAGACGAAAGAAUCAUCGGCACCGAAAAUCGGCUAAAUUGUUGGACGACACAGCUCCAAAGCGUGUGGAUGACGACGGUAGGAUUGUACCUAUCGUCUAUCAAGGGACCUAAAAGAGUGUCGGACAACAUCAAGCCUGGGCAUGUAGAUGACAAUAAUAAGAUCGCACCUAUCGUCUAG